UCCUUGAUUUCCAGAAGGCAUCUCAAAAUGUUGUGUCGAGCUGCUCUGAGCCCUCUUGUCCGUUCCCCUGGAUGGUGCUUUGUGUUAUCGCCACAUGCCAUCGCAGCCAUUUCACGUUUAUAUCUCCCUUGCCGUAACCAAAGAUUAAGGAAUGAAUCCAUCCGUUGUUGGAGCAACAUCCCGUUUAUCACCAUGCCACUCAGCCGUGCACAUGGAAAAUCAUUUGCACACCGCAGUGAGCUGAAGCAUGCAAAGCGGAUUGUAGUGAAGCUGGGUAGUGCUGUUGUGACUCGAGGGGAUGAGUGUGGCUUGGCCCUUGGGAGGCUGGCAUCUAUUGUAGAGCAGGUGUCAAUGCUGCAAAAUCAAGGCCGAGAGAUGAUGAUUGUCACCAGUGGUGCUGUAGCUUUUGGAAAGCAGCGUUUGCGUCAUGAGAUCUUGCUUUCUCAGAGUGUGAGGCAAGCGCUUCAUUCAGGCCAGAGUCAGCUAAAAGAUAUGGCUAUUCCAGUCUUGGAGGCCCGAGCCUGUGCAGCAGCUGGCCAGAGUGGACUAAUGGCUCUGUAUGAGGCCAUGUUUACACAGUACAGCAUCUGUGCAGCUCAGAUUUUAGUCACCAACCUGGAUUUCCAUGAUGAACAGAAGCGUCGGAACUUAAAUGGAACAUUGCAUGAGCUUUUAAGAAUGAAUAUUGUCCCUAUCAUUAACACUAACGAUGCUGUUGUUCCACCUCCAGAGCCGAACAGUGAUCUGCAGGGGGUAAAUGUUAUUAGUGUGAAGGAUAAUGACAGUCUGGCAGCACGACUGGCUGUGGAAAUGAAAACCGAUCUCCUGAUUGUUCUCUCAGACGUAGAAGGACUCUUUGACAGCCCUCCAGGAUCUGAUGAUGCAAAGCUCAUUGACAUAUUCUACCCAGGAGACCAGCAGUCUGUAACAUUUGGAACCAAAUCCCGAGUGGGAAUGGGAGGCAUGGAAGCCAAGGUGAAAGCAGCUCUGUGGGCCCUCCAAGGAGGCACCUCUGUAGUGAUUGCAAAUGGAACCCACCCAAAGAUUUCGGGUCAUGUCAUCACAGAUAUUGUGGAAGGGAAAAAAGUUGGAACAUUUUUUUCAGAGGUGAAACCUGCAGGUCCUACAGUAGAGCAGCAGGGUGAAAUGGCUCGAGCUGGUGGCAGGACCCUGGCGGCUCUACAGCCUGAGCAGAGAGCGGAGAUUAUUUAUCGUCUUGCUGACUUACUAACUGACCAGAGAGAAGAAAUUCUCUUGGCAAACAAAAAGGACCUAGAAGAGGCUGAAAACAAAGGGAGAUUGGCACUUCCUUUGUUGAAACGUCUAAGUCUGUCUACAUCAAAGCUGAACAGCUUGGCUAUUGGUCUGCGUCAAAUUGCAGCAUCCUCGCAGGACAGCGUCGGCCGUGUAAUUCGGCGAACACGAAUAGCAAAAGACCUGGAUUUGGAGCAGGUGACAGUGCCUAUUGGCGUCCUUCUUGUGAUCUUUGAGUCCCGUCCUGACUGUCUUCCACAGGUGUCUGCUUUGGCCAUAGCCAGUGGAAAUGGCUUACUACUUAAAGGAGGGAAAGAAGCGGCACAUAGCAAUCAAAUCCUUCAUCAUCUGACACAGGAAGCACUCUCCAUUCAUGGAGUCAAAGAUGCGGUGCAACUAGUGAACACAAGAGAGGAAGUAGAAGAUCUCUGCCGUUUGGAUAAGCUGAUAGAUCUAAUCAUUCCACGUGGUUCAUCACAGCUAGUCAGGGAUAUCCAGAAAGCUGCUAAGGGAAUCCCAGUGAUGGGACAUAGCGAAGGGAUCUGUCAUGUGUAUGUGGACACGGAUGCCAGCGUUGAGAAGGUCACACGAAUAAUCAGAGACUCAAAGUGUGAAUAUCCUGCUGCCUGUAAUGCUCUGGAAACUCUCUUAAUUCAUCGAGACUUGCUGAGAACCCCGUUGUUUGAUCAGAUCAUAGACAUGUUGAGAGUAGAACAGGUGAAGAUUCAUGCUGGACCAAAGUUUGCAUCUUACUUGACAUUCAGCCCUUCAGAAGUGAAAUCUCUCCGCACAGAAUAUGGGGACCUGGAGUGCUGCAUUGAGGUGGUGGACAGUGUCCAAGAAGCUGUUGAACAUAUCCACAAGUAUGGAAGUUCUCACACGGAUGUUAUCAUCACAGAGAAUGAGAAAACAGCAGAGUUCUUCCUCCAGCAUGUGGACAGCGCUUGUGUUUUCUGGAAUGCCAGUACCCGAUUCUCUGAUGGCUAUAGAUUUGGACUUGGUGCUGAAGUGGGAAUUAGUACUUCUCGUAUCCAUGCACGUGGACCAGUGGGAAUUGAAGGACUCUUAACUACAAAGUGGUUGCUGAGGGGGGACAAUCAUGUUGUUUCUGACUUCUCAGAGCAUGGGAGCAUGAAGUAUCUUCAUGAGAGCCUUCCUCUUCCUCAGAGAAAUACCAACUGAGAACAUCAGGGCCAGGGGUAAAACCCAGGGAUAUAAAUAUUUCCUGAAGAUGUUCAGGCUUCCAGGUGCUCGCUGGGAAGGAAGUUUUGUUUUUUAUCUUCCAGAACAUUGUUCUUGGUCACUGUGCAGUACAGUGAAUACAAAAUGAUCCCAUCUGUGAGAUUUUUUUUCUUCCUCUGUUUCCUUAAAUAGUAUCUGCAAACUGGACCUCACUUUUCCCAGACACAGACUUCUUCAAAACAUA